AGAGAGAGAGAAUUAGAGUUGGACCCGCGCUCUGCUCCAUCGACCCGCACACGCGCUUCUCCCGGACCUCGGCCACAGUCCCUGCCGCUGUCCGGUGCUUUUCGGCGGGUAUGCCCCAGGAGGACCCUCGGUCUGCAUCAUGCUGCUCGGCUCUUUGGUAGUGCUUGUGAUCGGCCUGUGGGCAUCGAACGUCACCAGAGCGUACGUGUUUCAAGCGAGCCGGCCGGCAGAGGGAGGAGACAACCCCCCGCCCCACACUAAAGUCAUCUCAGAGUGGGUCAGCUCCGCGGGCUCCUGUAAGGGGAGGUGCUUCGAGCUGGAGGAGGCCAAACCUCCGGGAUGCAGAUGUGACAAUCUGUGUAAGACCUACUACAGCUGCUGCUCGGACUUCGACGAGCACUGUCUGAAAACAGCGGGGGGGUUCGAGUGUUCACAGGACCGCUGUGAGGAGCAGAGGAACGACGACCAUGCCUGCCACUGCUCGGAGGACUGUCUGGAGAGAGGGGACUGCUGCUCCAACUACAGGUCCCUCUGCAAAGGUGAGACCUCCUGGGUGCAGGGAGACUGUGAGGAGAUCCGGAGGGCAGAGUGUCCUGCAGGCUUCAUCCGCCCCCCCCUCAUCAUGCUGUCAGUGGACGGAUUCAGAGCCUCGUAUCUGAAGAAAGGAAAAUCCGUCAUUCCAAACAUACACAAGCUCAGAUCGUGUGGAACCUCCGCCCCGUACAUGCGACCAGUCUACCCAUCAAAGACCUUCCCUAAUCUAUACACCCUGGCCACAGGUCUUUACCCGGAGUCCCACGGCAUUGUGGGUAACACCAUGCACGACCGAGUGUUUAACGCCACCUUCAGCCUGCGCACCCGAGAGAAGCUGAACCACCGCUGGUGGGGGGGGCAGCCGAUCUGGAUCACAGCUCAGGAGCAGGGGGUGAAGGCCGGGACUUUCUUCUGGCCUUGGGUGAUUCCUCUGGAGAGAAGGAUCCUGACCAUCCUGCGCUGGCUGCUUCUCCCUGACGAUGAGAGGCCCUACGUCUACGCCGUGCACUCGGAGCAGCCCGACACCUACGGACACCGGCUGGGCCCGCUCAGCACCGAGCUGGACAACCCUCUGAGGGAGCUGGACAACAUCAUCGGUCAGCUGAUGAACGGUCUGAAGCAGAUGAACCUGCAUCGCUGCGUCAACGUCAUCGUCGUCGGGGAUCACGGUAUGGAGGAGGCUCACUGUGACCAGACGGAGUUCCUCAGCAGUUACCCUCUGAACAUGGAGGAGAUCAUGCUGAUCCCCGGCUCUCUGGGCAGGAUACGACCCCGCGACCCCAAGUCCAGCACAUACGACCCCAAAGUAGUUGUUGCUAACCUCACAUGCAAAAUGCCGACUCAGCACUUCAAGCCGUACCUGAAGCAGCAUCUACCCAAGAGGCUUCACUACGCCAACAACCGGCGCAUCGAGGACGUCCACCUGCUGAUGGAGCGGAAGUGGCACAUCGCAAACUGGCGUCCUCCCCCGAGUCCCCGAUAUGACGCCUCACUCAUCACCAACACGGUGCCCAUGUUCCCGGCCUUCAAGAGAAUGUGGAGCUACCUGCAGGGGGCGCUGCUGAGACGCUACGCGGAGGAGCUGAACGGCAUCAACGUGCUCGCGGGGCCCGUGUUCGACCUCGACCACGACGGCCUCCGCGACACCACGGACACGAUCAGAGAGUUGUCCCCCGGGCCCCCCCCUGUCCCCUCCCACUUCUUCACGGUGGUGACGAGCUGUGAGGAGCGGAACCAGACGCUGGACGAGUGUGACGGUGCGUUCGGGGUCUUCAGCUUCCUGCUGCCGCACCGACCCGACAACAGCGAGGCCUGCAACAGCGCCGAGGACGAGUCGGCGUGGGUUGAGGACCUGCUGAAGCUCCACACGGCCCGAGUCCGAGACGUGGAGAUCCUGACGGGCCUGGACCUCUACCGAUCCACCAACCUCACCUACACCAGCACCCUGAGCCUCAAAACCCACCUGCACACCUUUGAGAGGGACGACUAGACGCACACACAGACAGACACACAGACUCACACACACAACAGGAUUUAGCAGUCUGUAGAAGUCCUGCGUUUUGCUCGCUGGCAGCCAGCGGGUCGUCCUUCCACUCCUGAGGAACCGCCGGGGGGGCUUGGAAAAGGGGAGCACAUCUCAAUUUGAAUUUGUUUGUUAAGUAGUAGCUUGAAGAUUAGAACAAGAUUAUUUAGAACCCUUCAGGAAAUCUGAUAAUGGAUCAGGAUGCACAGGAAUGAGGCAGGAUAGGGGAAUAUUCUCAUAAACUCAUAAAUACAGAUUACACAGUGAACUGCAUCCUCGGGCAGAAAGGACCGGACCAGGGCUCCAUGACUGUAAAUGACUUCAUAUUCCAACUAGCAUCCAUUUAUGUAGAAUUUACAAAGUAAUUCAUGUUGUUUAUAACUUAGUAUACUCGUGAAACUGGUUUAGCUUUGUUGUGGAUCACAAUGUGUUUGUUGUGAUCUCAAACUAACCUUGAAAUUAGAUUCUCAUGUUGUAUGAAUAAGAACUGAAGCCUGAAAAACAUCACACAAUAAUAAACGUGAGUCUAGAAGCAGUUUGAAUCAUUUGUAGUUAAAACACAGAGAAGUUGCUGGUUUGGUUCUGUCAAGGGAAAGUUUGAAAUGUUUCGUUUAUGUUUCUUGCUGAGAAGUCACACUGACACCACUGUACGUUAAAUAGCUACAGGCCUGCACAAUUAGCAUAGCUUAGCAUAGCUUAGCAUCACUUGUUUAACAUUGGGCGUUGCUCGUGCAGGCGAAAGACCAAAGACUGUUUAUAAAGAUGGACGAUGCGUCUCCAUGUCCUCCAACAUCCAAAAACUAAGAAUAAAAUAUCACGGCUGAGAAACGCCAUCAUCUCGCACAUUCAAAACAAACUUGAUCAAAGCCAGAAACAUGAGAAUGUAAACAUACGUCCAUCUUUAUUUACAAUCAAUGAAUUUGGACAGAGCCCGGCUAGCCGUUUCCCCCUGUUACCAGUCUUUGUGCUAAGCUAAGCUAACCAUCUCCUGGCUUAAUAUUUAACAAACACAUGACGAUUUUAAGCAAGAGAGUAAAUAAGUGAAUUCUCCAAAAAGAACAUGUGAUCACCAGGGUCAGAAAAUAUCCAGAAGUAAUAAAAACAUUAUUACUAAGACUGAUGUUCCUCUAAAGUUCUUAUGAUUGAUUUGGAAAACGUAUCCAUCAUAAGAACCAAUUUUGGUUCCAAAAAUAUUCUUGUGUGGCUGAAAGCGUUGAUACAGAAACAGAGAAGAAUAAAUACUGAACAAUACAAACCAGUGGGUCAAUAACACAGAUGGUGAAAUAUCCAGAAACAGUUUCCAGCAUCGCACACAUUUCAAAGUUUCUCUCCGAAUAACAAGUUCAACAACAAAUGAAAUGUCCCAUAAAGGAACAGAUACUAAAUAAAAGAGAUAAGCAGUUAACUUCUCACUAACCCAAGUGCACACCAUCCUCGAGGUGUAUAUUUUUAUAGAAUUGUUCAUAUUUAUUGCGUAGCAUCAUGAAGGCAGCAGCACCGAGUGUGACGUGUAAUUUCCUGUUCACUGUGAUAACCUCGGUCCCUGAUGUUGUGUUGUUGUGUGUUUCACAGACGUGAUGACACUGAUGCUGCCGUAAAGGAACAUUGUUUAGUUUUAUUCUUUUACAGUUUUAAAAACCAUGAGAUGAACCAGAGGUUUCCAGUCUGAGCUCUGCACCUGACCGGGGGAGCUUUGGUGGGUCGAUGAAAAGAAUUCUUAUGAAUCUCAAAUCUGACCCAGACGGACACAAGUGAUUUAUAAAGAGACAAAUUCAUAACUCCUUAUUAAUUUCAUUAACACAGAUCAACUCCACUUGGUUCAAAAUACAAUCAAAUACAAAAAAUAAUCACUUCUGCAAAAUGAGUGACGCCUCAAACUGGUUCCCACAGUCGACCUCGUCUCCUCGUUCCACUUCCUGCGUCAACACGUUGAACAGAUCCCAGAACCUCUACUGGUUCGUGGUCGCUCUUUACUUUGGUUUCCUUUAUGAGUUAACAUAACUAACUUUUUGUUAAUCAGUAGAACAGAGAAGAUAAUCAGUAAAAUGUCAUAAAGCUUCCUCAGAGCUCGUCAGGCUGCAGAUGAGGCCAUGUUCAUUCCUGUUGUCUUUCAAAAUAAAAGCCGUAGAGAAUUGAAAAUA